AUGUCGUCUGAGUUUUCCAUUGCAUCUGUCCACUCUCGCCAUUGUCUCCUCAAUGACAGCUAAAUCGUGAAAGCGAUUGCCCAUUAAAGAGUUUUUUCUCUCUCGUUGGCGCUUUCUCUCGUCUCUUUUUCACACGCCGGCUUUCGACCUUGGCAUUACACCGCCUUGUUGUGGUCAAAUUCUUGCAAAUAGAAGAAGCGUUCAUAGAACAACCUCAUCAAGAGUUUAAGGUACAAUCGAAGCUCCCGAAGAAGAAGCCGUGUCACCGUCGUCGUCGACGUCUUCAGAACAAAUCAAGAGAAGCGAUGAAAUCCGUAGUCUGCUCGGAAAUUUGCCACCCAUCGCAAAGCCGAGGACAUCGGUUGGUGAAACAGACAAGGUUUCAGGCAAUUUUUCUUGAAAAGGCUAUAAUUUGAAUCGUUUGGAAGGAGAAAUUCUUUUUUCGCCUCAGGAAGCUUGAAUUACACAUCGCAUGGCUCCUUCUUCUAACUAUACAUUUCCCCCUUUUAGACCUCCAAAUCAAUGGAUUCCGGCGGCCGAAACGUCCUCUUCACCGAUCCCCUUCAUAGGUCCAUUCCUCGUCAGUUUCUUUUUAUUUCAUUCAAAAAUGUUAUCGGAGAAGUUGCAUUUUAAUGUAUAAUUCUACUAGUUUUGAGUUUUCAAGAAAUUCAUGAGAGUCUAAAAUAAUUUUCAUAAAAAGAUAGAAAAAAAAACCUGUAUUUUUUUUUUUUUGAAGUAAAAAAAGUACUAAUUGAAGUACAACUUUUCAUGUUCAGGUCACCUUAUUUUAGCUUCAAAAUUCUCUAAAAAUGGGUCAAAACCCUGAAAAUCAAAGCUUCCUUACCAAAUUUGGCAGGAAAUUUGAGCCUUUUCUCCAAAAAGGAGAGGGUUUUUGACUUCCUGACCGUGCAUAUGGUCCGUUGAAGUGUCUUUUUUUUUACCAACUAUAACGGAAUUUCAAAGUUUAUUUAUUACACAAAACAACUGAAUAAAUGUAGAAGAACAUAGAUAGAAGCAUUUAUUUUUUCAAUAAGUUUCCCGAUUCAAACGUGUUUUAGCGAGCGAAACUUCGUCUGUAUCGUCGCCACGACAAAAUGAACGUCAACCCGUCGCUUUGCCGGACAGUGGAGGCCGCAGCGCGAUCCGACACACGAGCACCUCGAGUCAAUUCGAAGUUUUUCGAAGAAAGCUCGAAAUACUGUAAUACCCCAUUGAAGGAGGAAGGAAAUGAGAGCGGCGGAGCUCUAGUGACGCUUUGGAUCGAAAAGUUUGAAGUCAUGGAUUAUUCUCGGCUGCUGUUGAGAUAUUUCGACAACACCAAGGUUUAUGUGGAUUGGUGAGUAGUUUUAUAGGUCUCUGAAAAAUAAUCAUAUUACAGGACGUUUCUCGAUUUUCCGGUAGAAGAAUCCAAAACCAACGAGUUUUCUCUACCGAGAGUGGCCGGCGAAGAAGCGCCAAUUCAGUUCAAAAAAGGUAUACUAAAAAUAAAAUGAGGGUUUUUUUUUUCGAGAUUUUUGAAAAAUUUAGCUUUUAUGCUCGCAAAAUACUAGAAAAUAGCUCAAAGAGUGGGAGAACUCCUGAAAUUUCAAACAUAUCUUGAAUAAUCGAGAACUGGCGAGCAUUAUCCCUGGAGCGCGUUUUCCUCAGGCUUCUCGGAGCUCUGAUUUUUUUACUAUUGAUUUUGUAAUAUUCUGAGAGCUUGUAUUUCCGGGCUGUAUUCUGAUUUCGCAUUUUUUUCUUAUUAUUGCAGCGUCAUAGACAACCUCAAAAAAUUGACUUCAGAAUAUCGAUUGACUCGCCGAAGAGUGGCGCUUCUCAAGCAGUGGAUCGAGCUCGGAAAUCGGGUCGACUUCACCUUGUUGAUCGGAGGUUCCGAGGAGGAGGAACUCGGCGUCGCGCAGCUCCAGCUCUUCACCGACCCCUUGGAGGAAACCACCUCGAUUUCUUGUUAGUUCACGGAAAUACUGUUCAGAAAUGAGAGGGCGAGCGCUUUUUUUUUUCUCUAAACGCUCUUUUGUUUACCAUUGCUCUCUAGCUUCGAAGAUUCGAAAUUUUCAUGAUAACUGUAACAAUGCAACCAUUUUGAGACCUAAAAAAAGCUUAGAAAAGAUUUCCGAACCGUUUUUGAAAACUGGUGAUCAAAAGUUUCAUUAGCAUAUUGUUUUGAAAAAAAAUUUUAUAGGUGUCAUUUUUUUAGUCAAGCAAAAAAACCGUCUCAAAGCUUAUUUUGGAAUCUUGAAUGAUUCACAAGUCAGAAUAAUUUUUUUCAUGAGAGACUAUAAUCGUUUGAUAGUCGUGACAGAUUAAAAAAAAAUACGAAUAAAUGUAAAUGUUCAGUCCUUGACGUGAACGGUGAACACCUGGCCGAGCUUCAUCUCGCCCUUCAUUAUUCGCCUUCAAUUUUCGACGAUGUCUGA